AUGUCGACAGCAUUGCGAGGACGACCGGCUCAUGCGCCUGGUCCAACAUAUUUCAGUUACACUCCGAAUGGCAAGAAACUCGUCACGGCAGGCCUGAACGGUGCCGUGCGCAUCUUCGACCAUGGCUCCGACGAUGAGCCUGCGAUCAUCGAUGUCUCCUCCGAGAAUCAUCUCGCCGUGGUCGCGACGAAUGACUUCUUCGUCAUUGCGACCGAGGAAGGAGAAGUUGUGAAGUACUCUCUUGUCACCAAGAAGAUGGAGGAGAUCUUGACUCGCUGCACCGGAGCUGUACGAGACCUUGCCAUUUCGCCAGAUGGACAAUGGGUGGCCGUGGCCAGCGACGAGCUCGAAGUCAAGAUUGUCAACACCGCCGACCAGUCCAGAAUCAUGUACCUGCGUGAGCAGUCGCGACCGGCGAAGCAUGUCUCAUUCGACUUGAGUGGAGCUACUUUGGCAGUUAGCUGUACAGAUGGCAUCAUCUACAUGUACUCACUCAGCUCUGAACAGCCGCAAUUGAUCAAGCGUGUGGACGGAUUGAUUGGUAUGCAGAGCACAGACUCGGAGUCGAGCACAUUGGCAGUGUGGCAUCCGGAUGGCAGGGCUUUCGUCGUGCCGACACAAAGUAAAGACUUACAGGUGGUCUCCCGUAGUGACUUCAGUCGCCAGAAGACGUUUGCUGGAGGGCACAAAUCAGACAUCAGUGCCUUGGCAUGGUCUCCGAACGGUGCAUUGCUAAUCACUGCUGGCGUGGACAAGAGCCUCGUGCUUUGGGAUGCGAGAUCACAGAAGCUGCUCAAAACAUACUCCGACGUACGGGACACCAUCCUGGACAUACAAUGGCAUCCAAAGGACAACGUGUUGUCGUAUACCAACAACAACGGCGAGCUUUUCAUUCGGGAGGACUUUCUCUCGGACGAUCAUAGGAGGCUGGCAAGAGCAGAGCAGCAGCCGUCGCCUUUGCUCAACGAUCCUCUUUCGGAGGUGUCUGGGAAUGCUCGAAAGCAAUUAUUGCCAAACGGUAUGCCGAAGCGCACCGCCGAAGAUGACUAUCUGGACGACCUGCUCGGCCCAGACGCCAUGUCCGAAGGAGGCGAUGCAUUUAUCGAGGAUGACGAUGGCGCAGGAUAUGCCGAGGAGCCAAAUCACUUCGGCAAGCGUGCAGCAGGCCCAAUAGCUGGACCGAAUCCGAAGCGCGCUGCAGCGGGCUUCAGCACAUGGCAACCCCAAGUUCGAGAGGCGUUCCAGCCUGGCAGCACACCAUGGAAGGGCAACCGACGCUACCUCUGCUUGAACUUGACAGGGUUUGUGUGGACUGUCAAUCAGGACACUCACCACACGGUGACCGUCGAGUUCUACGAUCGACAAGAGCACCGUGACUUCCACUUCACAGACAUCUACCGCUACGACAAGGCAUGCUUGAACAACAAAGGCACACUCUUCUCAUGCCCGUCCUCCAGAGAGAAUCCAUCCACCAUCUUCUAUCGGCCUCACGAGACAUGGACGUCACGCACAGAGUGGCGAACACAGCUCCCCGCUGGCGAGGACGUAACAUCAAUGUCACUGAGCGACUCUUGCAUCGUCGUCACCACCACCGCCGGCUACGUCAGAAUCUACAGCCUAUUCGGACUCGCCAUGAAAGUCCACCGACAAAAGAGCACACCCGCAGUCACAUGCGCAAGUUGGCGUGACUAUGUCAUGACAGUAGGCAACGGCCCUGUCGGCGGCGACGGCACAACACGACUCCUCUACACCAUCGAAAAUGUCAAACGCGACGAGAUCUGCCAAAACGAAGACAUCCUCGCUCUAGCAGAAGGCACCGAGCUCCGCAGCGUCUUCUUCAGUGACAAAGGCGACCCUUGCAUCUACGACAGCGAAGGCGUCCUGCUCGUACUCCAGCAUUGGCGUACCCCAGGCCAGACGAAAUGGGUUCCCCUCCUCGAUACCCGCACCCUCGCCCGCCUCGCGAGCGGCCGCAAAGAAGAAACCUACUGGCCCGUUGCCGUGGCGGAGAACCGCUUCCACUGCAUCAUCCUCAAAGGCGGCGAGAAGUAUCCCUACUUCCCUCGGCCCUUGCUCUCCGACUUUGAAUUCAAAAUCCCCAUUUCUUCCGGACCCGCGGACCUCGAGGAGGAAGACCCGGACGACGAAACCGUGCGCCAGCGCGACUUUGAAGAGCAAUACGUCCGCUUCUCGGUGCAGCACUCCCUGCUCCACGACUUGGUGGAUAACACCAACGCGACAUCGACCCAGCGCGCGGAAGUGUCGGUCAUGGAGCGGGAAGUGGAUAAAGUGCUGCUGCAGCUCGUCGCGGCGGAGUGUCGGCAAGGUGAGGAGAGAGGCAUGAAAGCGCUAGAAGUGGCGGCGUUGAUGCGGGAUAAGACGGGCAAGAUGUUAGAGGCGGCAGGAAAGAUCGCUGCAAGGUUUCAAUUGAGCACGUUGGGGGAGAAGAUCAUGGAGUUGGCGGAGAGGAGGCUUGUGGGGUUGGUUGGAGAGGAGGAUUGA